CUGUGACUGAUAAUAACAUAUUUAUACUAUCAUCAAUUGACAAUUAUUUAAACCUUACGUUUUUAAAUUAAUUAUUUCAUUGCUUAUAUACUAUUUAACUUGUUUGCCGUAAUACUCUUUUACAAAUUUACAAUAAAUACAACUUAACCCGGUAUCUACAGAUUUUUAGAACGUAAUGGAAAAAGGACUGAGUAUAACUACUGAAUUUACAAGUGGACUUCAAAUUCUAUUUAAUAAUAUAAAGAAACAUAAAGUGCUGUUACCAGAAAUGGAAAAGCCUUGGACACUGGGAUUGCUCUUGUUCUGGAUUAAAGACAACAUAUUGGUUGACAAAGAUAAAUGUGAUUUGUUUAUGAAGGGCAACACCGUAAGACCGGGCAUCAUUGUAGCCAUUAAUGACCAAGAUUGGGAACUCUUGGGUGAUUUAAAAUAUCAAAUUAAGAAUAACGACAAUAUAACAUUUAUAUCUACAUUACACGGUGGUUAAUAAUUAAAACAUUAUAAAGUAUAUUA